UCCCCGCCGGCCCGCUCCUUCCGGCCCCGGCGGCUGGCUCCGCCGCGCCGCGCCGGCCCCUCUCAACGGACGCCCGAGCCCGGCCAUGGCGGACUUCGACGAGAUCUACGAGGAGGAGGAGGACGAGGAGCGGGCGCUGGAGGAGCAGCUCCUGAAGUACUCGCCCGACCCGGUGGUGGUGCGCGGCUCCGGCCAUGUCACCGUAUUUGGAUUGAGCAACAAAUUUGAAGCAGAAUUUCCUUCAUCUUUAACUGGAAAGGUUGCACCAGAAGAAUUUAAAGCUAGCAUCAGUAGAGUUAACAGUUGUCUUAAGAAGAACCUUCCAGUUAAUGUGCGAUGGCUACUUUGUGGAUGCCUUUGCUGCUGCUGCACUUUAGGUUGUAGUAUGUGGCCAGUUAUCUGCCUCAGUAAAAGAACACGAAGAUCGAUUGAGAAGUUAUUAGAAUGGGAAAACAAUAGGUUAUACCACAAGCUGUGCUUGCAUUGGAGACUAAGCAAAAGGAAAUGUGAAACGAAUAACAUGAUGGAAUAUGUCAUCCUUAUAGAAUUUUUACCAAAGACACCGAUUUUUCGACCAGAUUAGCAUUUGCUUUAUUUAUAGAGACUUAUCCAAGUACGUUGUCUUUCCAAUGGUGCCUUGCUUGGUGCUCUCCUGGUGGUGACAUAGCGUUGGUUCUACAGAAUCUUGUGGUGUUUUCAUUCUUUUUUGUUUGUUUAUUUGUUUUUUGGUUUUUCUGUUUUUUUUUUUUUCUUUUUUAAUAAGAGCAUGUCCUAAGUGCGUUUGGUCAAACUUUGCAAAAGUCAUUUCAUGCAAAUGUUAACUAUUUAAGUUAUUACUUUUACUUCUUCUGUUUGUUAAUGUAUCUUGAUUUUCAAAGUCUUUUAUAUGUGUGCGCGUGUGUGUGUACAUAUAUAUAUAUUACUAUAAAUACACAGCUGAAAAUGGUCUACAAGUGAGCAGAUAUUUUUUUACCCCCCAAAUGACACAACUGAUUGACUGUACAUUGUGUAAGUCUUUAAUUAUUAAUUUAUGUUUUGAAGUAACUUCUAUGAUCUACUUAAAUUUUUGUUAGUGACUUGUCAGCUGUAAAUAUUUUUAUUUCUUUUUGGGAUAUCGGCUAGCCUUUUCCAUCAGGAGGGUGAGAAAAAGUUCUUUUUUGGAACCCAAAUGUCAUUCCAUCAGUAGAAAUCUGUGCUUUUCAUGAAGAAAUCCUCUCAGCUGGUUCUGAAAAAGUUCUCACUUAAAGGUAAAUAAAUGGAAAAUAGAACUAUUUUACUCAGACUAAAAGAAUCAUACAGAAUUGCAUGCAUCUGAUUAGCAGAGCUCAGGAUCACAAAAAUACGAUAGUAUUGCAGAUUAUAAUGUAGCUAUUUUAAUUCAAGCCAAUGCCAUGUAUCAGCUUUAUUCUUAUUGUUUACCAGAUCCUGAACACAGGGGUGCACAAGUAUUUGUUUCAGUAAACUUACUGUCCAAUAGGAUCUUUCAAGCUUUUUUUUUUUUUUAGGCAUGUAAGCAGAAAAAAGUUAUUAAGGGAAAUCUUGAACAAUUCAGUUCCAGAUGCAAAUGGAGGUGCCAGGUAUCAAAAGUAAUCAAAUCAGGGUAUACUGGACAACAGUGUAAAUUUGAACGUGUUAGAUAACUACUUAUUGCACCCUUGCUUCUGUUCAUUUUGGUUUACAAAGCUUAUUUAUGCACAAGUGUAAAGUUUUUUUUAAACUGGAUAUAUAGUGUAUAUAUACUUGGGUCAGGCCAGUUGUAUAUUAUUUCUUCUUCUAUCUUAGUUGUACAAAUCUUCAGACAUUAUAGUUUCUUUAAUUGCUACUCAAUCACAUUUUUACAUUUCCGUUAUAUCUCUGAUGUUACUGUAUAUAAACAUUAGUGUAAGCUAUGAAUAUGAUCCUUAUACAGUUGUGAUAGCAAGCAAUAAUGUGAAUAUAUGAAAAACAGAUACUCUGCUUAUUGUUUAUAUGAAUGAAGAGUUGAUACCACUACAAGAAUAACCUUCUCUUUUUAAUCUUUUAAAUACAAGUUUUAUUUUGAGGUAAUAUGUUACAGGUACCUUGAUGCUGUGAACUAUUUUUCUAUGUCUUCAAAAUAUUUAUUCUCUAUAAAAUCUUCUCUAGUGAGUAUCAUAUUCCUAAAUGUUUGCUAGUAGGAACAGUCCAGAAAGUUUUAAAUUUCUUUAAUCUUAGCCUUCUUUGUCAGUUCUCAAAACUCAUUCUUUGCUCAGCUUUUGUCUAUGGGUUCCUGAUGUUUACUUUUAAAACAGCUCUUAUGCUUUCUGAACAAGCCUAUAAGUGUGCUUCUUUGCUUGACUGAAUCUGUUUUUUAAUUAACCAGUAUCAGUUUUGAAUUCAGUCUCCUGGGUCCCACAACAGUUUCUUCCCAAGAAUAACUGGUUAUAUAUAUUUUAUCAAUUUCAGCCUCUUCUUUAAUACCAGUUUGUGUCUGCAGCUCUUCUUCAUUUUCCCAGAAGUGUUAGUUAUAAUCUUGGGCCAAUUUCAGCCUGUGAGGCGGGCCAGAAGCUUAAAUUUGACAGCUGAGGUUAUGCGGGUUGGAGGCACAGGGAAGAGGUUGAAACUGAACAGAAAUAAUGACUGGUAAUAAUAUUGGUGACCAGAAUUAAACGUUGAUUUCUUUAAGUGAUGGUUUGCAAUAAAAUAAGUAUUGAAUCAUACUAAGCCUAGAUUUUAUUACCAAAUUCACAUUUCAUUAUAUAGAUAGCUGUUUCAUGGAUGCAUUUUUCCACUGGUAGUUUAUUACUGUGGAGAGAGAACUCAGAUAUGACUUGUAAUGUGCAUAGCAGCACUGAAUUUAGCAUGAGCUAAUCACCUUAGUUUCUUAGCCAAGCUUUCCAUGCUAAGUUUUGUGACACCAUGGCUUCCUUGCCAGCAGUACUCGUACCUGCCUAGUUUAAAGCUAAUCUGAAUGGGACAUCUCUGCUGAACCAGAGUGGUGAAUAGCGUGAAGCUUAAAGAUUUACAGAGAGUAUUUCUUUAGUGAAACUUCCACAUAAGUAAUAGUGCCGUUUAAGAUCUUGCCUACUUUAGAUGCAUCUACUGUCAUGUACUUGAUUUAGUAGGCAUUUUAGUAUUUAACUAUGACUUACUCCUUAAGAAUUCUAUUAUAGGUGGCCAAAAUAUAGCUUUGAGCAAAUAAAAUGUUAAAUCUCUUACUAAGGAGGCCAGUCUAAUUGCCUCUAAAGCUUUUCUGAUACUUUACUGCAACAGGAAACAGUAUCUCUAAGUUAAAACAACAUCAGCAAACUUGGGAAAUUGGCUUUAUAUAUAGAUGAAUUUUGCUCUCCAAAGAUGUUACUCUUCUGAUGAAGUAAUACACUCAUGUAGUGUGAACAUUCUAAAACAUUUUUACACAACAAUUUUCAGCUUAUAAUUUAAAAGAUCAAAUUUAAACAUAGUAAAACCUUAAAUCAUUUAUUUAGUACUUGCGGCAGCUGGUGGGAUUUCUUUGUUGUUCCAGAAAUGUCUAAAUCUGGUUAUUUUAUUGGUAGUAAGAAGACAUGUCUUAACUUUUUUUUGUCCAGUUGACAAAGUAUGAAGUUGCAAUAGUUCAAACAGGCCAGAAGCUAUAUUAGGACUUCCAGGAGAUAGUCUGUUCUUUGCUAAUUACAUUGAACUAAUCCAUUCAGCUUCUCAGAAAUUCCUGCAAAUAGUGUUAUAUAUUACCAGUUUUCUUGAAUAGUGAAAGUUAGAUACACACUUGAUAUUCAUCAUUUCUGAUCAACAAAUGUCUGAUUUUGUAUGUUUCCCCUUGAUCCAGAAAAACUAAUGGUAAAAUAUCAGUGAUGCUCUGAGAAAGCUAAUUAUUGUUUGUAGAUACAGUGGCCUUUGAUCAGUCAAUCGGGAUUUGUUUCUUACUGUAAUAUAAGCAAAAAAAAAAAUUUUUUUUAAUCCUUUAGUGAUAAAUAGAAAUAAGUCCCAAGAGAGAAAUGCUUUCUGUCUGACCAUACAUGGAAAAUGCUGUAGAGUUUAUCUGUUUUUGAAUAGCUAUGAUCUGAUGUUUACACUGCGAUUAGCAAAUUUCACUAGAGAUUAAAAUGUUUAUGGAGAUAGGUUACAUGAAAUCAGUAAAAGUUUUGUAACAGCUUGGUAAGAGCCAUUUUAAUAAACUAAAUAUAAAAGCAAAACCAAAAAUGUCCAUGGCAAAUGCAAAAUUUCCCAUGAUAUUCAAACCAUGUACAGUAGAUUCUAAGAACUUUUUAUAGUAGUUGAAUUGUAAGUUAUCGCCUGUAAAUAUAAUUUAACAAAUUAAUUUACUUUAAAUCUCAAGACCAUGAUGUUUAUCAUGUACUCCAACUCUGAGGUGUAUGUUUAGGUAGGAGUCUGUUUUCAUUUUUCUGAAAGUUGUUCUUUAGCCCUCAGAGUUAUAGGGGAGAGCUUUGAAAUACAAUCAGUAACUGCUCGGAAACCAGAAGGCAAAGAAUCCCGUGUUUAUUCUCUUCCCCUCCCCCCCCCCACCCACCAAAGUCUUAAUUUUAAAUCAGUCCUUCUGUUUUGGGAGCUGUAGCUUAUGGUUUUUGAGCAGCUGGCAGUAAUGCAAAUUGUUCAUCAAAAAAACCUAUUUAAAUUCUGAACAGUUUAAAGAGAUCGCUUUAGUUGAAGAGGAAAAAGACUUUUUAAGCAAAGAAAAUCCCUGUUGCUUUUAAGUUCUUCAAGCCCUGCUCUUGAGUAAUUAAAAGAAAGCUCGUGAUGACCCUACAUUAGGUCAAAAUUCAGAUGAUUUUAUGUAAAGGAAACUCUGAGUUAGAGAGGUCUCAGAGCUGCAAAUGUCUUGGACUCACAGUAAAAUCUUAUUAAGAAUAAAUGAUUCUGGCUAAUUUUGUGUUUGUGACUAAAAUCAUUUGUGCUGUUCAUCAGCAACCCUGCUUAUGCAAAGAAAGCAUUUUAAAAAUAAGAUCUAUAUUCACUUCCACUAAUUUGCUGUAAUUUGUGAUUCUUCUCCCUAAAGCCACAUUGCAUUUCUGUCCCUAACAGCUAAAUGUAUGAUGGUUAUAAUGCCUUUAAUAGCCAUAUGUUAGGUAGAAGUAUUAAUUUCUCAGGGACUAAUAGGAAAUAUGAAAAUGGAGUUAAUGAGCUGAAUGCCUAUCUGCAUGAAGGCUUAUUUUGCAAACUGCAUCCUAGAAGGCUUCUGAUUGUAAUAUGCAUGACCAUUUUGAAUGUUACCAAUAUACACCUAUAAGAGCUCCCUUCAGCCUGUGUUAUUAAGCAGCUGGACAUAAAAAUAUAUUUUAGAAUGUGUUAGGAAGGAUAAAUGAAUUUUUUCUGAUUUGGAUAGUGAGAAUGAGUAUUUCUAAUGGUGCUUCCUUCUUCAUUCCUAUGUUUGUUCUUUAUACAAAGUUCUCUCUGCAGGCUGGAUGAAUGAGGAGAUUCUGGUAAUGAGAAAACAGUAUCAUUCUUCUUGCUAGGGAAGUGGAAGUGUUUCAAGGGGAGAAGUACUCCAGAAGCAAACACUUUUGCUGCUGAAAAGUUCAUGCAUUUGUUCUCCAUUAGCUGUAGAUAGUCAUUCAGGUUAAUUUGCUUGGACAGUGUUUUGAAGUUCAUCAAUUUUUUAACAGUCAUAUUGCAAUACUGAUGUUUCAGUCAGCAUGGGGUGAAUUAGAAACCUUUUUUGAAAAAUUUUAAAAAGGAGUCCUUUCAUGAAGCUUUGUACGUUGGUACUUCCUGUACUAAUAUGUGCAACUCCACCACAUGACAUCUGGAUAGUACACGUUUUAUGAACUAAAUGUUACUGUUUUUGUGGAAGAUGCCCUUUUCAGAAUUAUUCUGCUUCAUUUAGAUCAUUAAUAUUUCAUUAAGAUUUGUUUUCUUGAAAAAGAUUCACAAAUGUUUGACUCCUAGAAAUACAACAGACCUUUAGGAAGGAUACAGUGGGGCAAAGGAUGAAGCAUAGGAAUUAGGAGAAGUAACAUCCAAACAAUUGAACUUGAGGAUUAGGUUGAAAAUUCUGAGUGUAAUGGAAAGUAAUUUUGAACUGUAUGAAAUGGUAUUGAAUGAUGAAAUUUAAGUAAAGGUUUGCAAUCAAUUUCAGUAGUUAUGUAGAUGUAGACUUAAUUCCUGAUACAUUUUUGAUUUUAACAGGUGUCAUUAAUUUAUUUUGAUUGUGCCCUAAUUGAUAGGUAGUUCUGCAAUUUUGCAGACUUUGAGGUAAUCUUGCCUCUUAACUGAACAUCUUUUAGUUUAAACUAUCCAGACCAAAAAAGGAAUCACUAAUGAGAGCGCAGCAAGUACAGAACAGUCUUUUUCUGCACUGCAGCCUGUAAUGUAUAGCUAAUUGUUUCCAAAGAAAAUUCUUGAUUUGUCCAGACAGCUCCUCUCAUGUGACAUUAUAUCUAAUACCCAGGAAUAGGAUUUAGUUAGGAUAACCUAAGUUCAGGUAAGUUAAACAGACUUUUGUAGUUAGCUGUAACUUUUAUGGAGAAGGGAACGUUUGAAAAAUGCUCACUUUUGGAGGGCAGAUACUUGUUCUUUAUAAUGUUUAUUGAAGCUUUUUUUUCAUUUGUAACUCCAUCACUAAAAGUUACUUUGUCUCAUAUCAAAACUAGACUUGAUCAUUAGCUAAAGAUUUUUUUCUAUUACAGCUCUUUAGAUUGAGUCCAUUUUCUAAAACGUGUUCAGGAAAAAGAUAAAAGAUAUCCUGGUGCAAUAUAGCUACUAUUUUAAGUAUCUCUGUAUUUUAACUGAUUUCAUUGUACCAAUAGAAAAAAUCUCACUCAAACUGUAUAUGUUGGUCUCUGAUUUUCUAUGCUUGCAACAGGCUUUCUAACUCAUUAGGAUAUUCAGUGUACAUAUUUGUUAAUAUUGCCAGUGAGCAGUAUGGUUCAGUAAGAGUUCAAGGAACACAAAGUAGUUUACUGCUUUGAAAAAUGUAAUUUAAUUCUUCUUUCCAUAAAAGACUGAGUAUGGCAAUGAGAAUGUAAAAUUAAUUCCAAGCAUAAAUUUAAAGGAUGGAAAAGUACCAGUGCCUAAAUGUUGUGUGCUAAACUAGCCCUGUGUAAUUCAUGUUGCUUUAAACGAAUUUGCAGAGAAUUGCAUUGGACUAUGUAUGUUUAGGAAAAGCCUGUUAAAAAUAUAAACCAGUAACCAAAAAGGAGUUACUGAAGGCAUGUUAUCUUUCAAGUAAGCAAACUUUUAAGAAUAAUUUUCUGGACUAUGGUAAUCCAUUUGAAGCAUAAAAUACACGAGCAAUAAUUUACCCUAGAACUGGAUGUUAAGGAUGCUGCUAUUUAUUUGUAGAGACUCAGUGGUAGUUAUGUUGAUUGGGAAUCUCUUCUAAAAAACGAGUUUAGAAAGAUGCGAUUACUGUGAUUUUUCAUUGUUGUAACAUUCCUCUUCAAAUAUUUUAAGUAUGGGUGAGAGAUUGAAAGCUUAGAGGCCAGUACUAUGUUCACAGGGCUUUGGGAGGAGAGGAUAGGAAGAAAAGGACUUUUUUUUAAGGCUGCACAAUUGUAAAUAAUGCAUAUUUAAGAGUAUUUAACCACAUCUGCUAAAUUACUGAAAUCUGUUGUUGAAUUAUAGAAUAUUAUUUAAUACAUCAGCAUUGUUUUUUUUUCCUGACCUGACCCAGAAUUGGAAUGCACUCCAAUAUAAAUCUUUUUAAAAGCAUUUCUUAAGUUGUAUGUAUUA